UCACUCUCGCUCGCAUGGAGGAGAGAGAGAAAAUAACAAGAAACCAGCAAAAGGGGCUCGCAUGGAGGAGAGAGAAAAUCCCCAAGAAACCAGCAAAAGGCAAGAGAUAGGAGGAGCACCAUCCCAGGAGAAGAAAGGGGGAAGAAAUGAAGAAGAGAGAAACCGCAAUCUCCUGACGAUCCCCCGCUCCAGACAUUGGGAAAACGUACAAUAAAACUGCAAAAGGUGAAAGGAGAUGCCAGUGUUGCAGACUGUAGGCCGAUUCUUUCGGCAACAUCCUUCAGUUUUCGUCUCACUUGUUUUUCUAGUCAUAUUGUACAAGUACUUCUUUGGCUGGUUCACCCUCAUCCUGGAAACAUCACCCAUCUUCCUAUUUGCUGGCUUCUUCCUUGGAAUCAUCCUAGCUUAUGGUGAACCGAACAUUCCAGAAAAUGAUCAUGUCUACAAGAAAAUCGAGAAAGCUUACAAUCGGAAUGUCGGCGGCAAUGAUAAAUCAGUUGGAGGUAUAUCUGCUCCAAGAAUUGCAUCUAAUGAAGAGAGAUUAGCCAAACACAACAACACUGGUAAGGUAACCAAGAGAAGAUCUCAUAAUGGAGGUUCUUCCUCUGAAUCAAGUUCAAGUGAAUCAGAUGGGUCAGAAACCAACGCCCAUCAAAUGCUCCACACGUUCCAUCAUCUUAGGUCAGCUACAAGUUCAUCGCGAUCCUCUCAAGAUGGGGAUUCCAAUGACAGUAGCAUUGAGGAUGGAACUGAGAACCAAGAGAGUAAAGAACACAAUGAAAAUGAGCAGAAAAACAGUAAAGUUGUAGCAUGGACUGCAGAUGAUCAGAAGAACAUACUAAAUAUAGGGUGUUUGGAGAUUGAGAGAAAUCAACGGUUGGAAAGCUUGAUUGCUCGACGCAGGGCAAGGAAAUAUGUUGAUAGAAACCUGAUUGACUUUGGCAGUAGUGACUCCCUCCCAACAAUUGAGGAGCUCUCAAAGUUCAAUGUUCAAAUUCCAGCCAUAUUUGCUCCUAGGAAAAACCCAUUUGACCUUCCUUACAAUGAAGAUAAUUUUCCAGAAUCCGCUCCGUCUGCGCCAUUGAAAAUGUUAAACAAGUUUGAUCUUCCAUUUGACCAAGCAAAUGAGAGUAGCUCUUCUGAAGGAGCUAACCCAAGCCAUGUGGACUCUACUCCUGUUUUUUCCCAAUCACAAAAGGAUACGAUGUUUAGGAGGCAUGAAAGCUUUACACAAGGAGCACCAUUUCUUAGUGACUUUUGGCAAGAUAUGCAACCUUCUCGGUUCAGACCAUACUUUGUGACAGAAAAAAUGGCUGAUGAGGGAAUCCCAGUUCCUAAUAUUGAGGGAGAAGCAAGUGAAAAGAGUUCUGCAGAAGACUCGGAUAGCACUUCUUCUGUUACUGACCAAGAAAGCCAUAAACUAGUAUUGGAGGAUUGCUCAAACCAAAAUCUGAGACCUCCAUUGAGCCAAACAGAGGAACAAUUCCAUCUUGCCCAAAAUGCUAGAGAUGUUACUCUCGCACUCAACAUCGAGCCACCUUUACUAAUAAGUGAUUCCUCGGAUGAUGACAUAUCACUUCCUGAUGGAAACAUAAAUGAUUGGGAAGAAGCGCAAGAGAGUGCGAAUUUGAAUUUGUCGCAAAAUGCAUCAUUGGAUGGUCCUAGCGUCAUUGAAUACCCUCAUGAAAUGGAGAUGACAAGCAACGAAUUUCACCAAUUAUCCCCACAUCCAAAUGAUAUUGACUCGUCGUCAUCAUCAACAGAAGCAACUGAACUUUCUGAACUGAAUAGCAUUGAACUACCAGCCAAGGAGGUGGAGUUUAUUGAUGACAUCCCAAUUGCUGAUCCCGUUUACGAUUACAGUCCAUCGGGAAGCAAGAAGCCAACAUCUGUUGGUUCAGUUAUUGAUGUAGCUUUGCUGCAACAAGGUAAUAUUCAUACUUCUGAUGUUGAAGUGAGGAUGGGAGAGGAUUCACCAUCAAGAAUUGCGGCCCAUUCGAGUGAGACAGCCACACCUAAUUUGACUUCUAUUCCUGAAAGCAAACCCAUAGAAAAAAGUACCUCUGAAGUAAGGGAGCGGGAUAAUAGUGGCAAUGAUGGAUCCAAUCAAGAUUCUAUCAGUCAUGCUAACCCAACUAAUUUGGCUUCUGCACAAGAAAGCAAAUCUAGAGAAAAAGAAACCUCUGAAGUAAGGGAGCAAGGUAAUAGUGGCAAUGAUGGAUCCAAUCAAGAUUCUGUCAGCCAUGCUAACCCAACAGCUCCUGAUGUUAGUUCUAAGCCCACAAGUACCAGUUCAAUUAAUGCAGUUAAGGCUGGCACUAAAAUCAUAUCAUCCUCGAGAAAAGCAGUUUUUGGAUUAUUCAAAAAAUGACAAGGACCCUGAUCAUGAACUUCUUCAGCAAGCCCGUUUGAAGCAAAGUGCAGCCUGUCCACAUAUUGUUAAGCAAUUGGAGGCAAAGAGAGUUUUCAGUAAGCUGAGUGUACAGAAAAACUGCAUCAUUAGCAUGAUGCUUCGCUCAUGCGACAAAUUGGAUUAUGGAAUGAUACAAGACUUUUGGUGGUUCCAAAUGUGUAUAACUUCAAGACUACCAAAUUUUAUGUGAAAUUGCGAGGCACUUAAAGAAAAUGAGCAGUGAAAAUAGCCUUCUAGCUGAUUGGUUUUAGUUUAUAUGCAGUACCUCAUUUUAAAAAGAUUGCCUGAGUGUGCAACCGCCAUGGCAUUUGUACUUUGCUGAUCCGAAAAUGGCAGAUGUGUUUUUUGACAGAUUAAUAUGUAAACUAUUUGCAGG